AUGCUACCGAUAUAUAAAUACGGAAGGACCUCGUUCACGGUCUAUUUUGGAAAUGUGCCAGUUAGAUACGAAGAGUUAGCUAAACAUACAAGUUUGAUUUGUGUUUUAGCAUUAGUGUGGAGAGCCAUGGAGGAUAAAGAGUCGUUGAAGAAAAGAUUAACUCCCUUGCAGUAUCAUGUUACUCAAGAAGCGGGUACAGAAAGACCAUAUACAGGUUGUUACAACAAAUUCUAUGAGGAAGGCAUGUAUUGUUGUGUAGUUUGUAGGCAAGACCUAUUCACUUCUAAGACCAAGUAUGACUCAGGAUGUGGUUGGCCAGCAUUUAAUGAUGUUCUCUCUAAAGAAAAGGUUACUUUGCACCAGGACACAAGUGCAGUUGGAGCAAAUAUAUUACUGGUUUUAACACGACCAGGUUUGGUGCGAACUGAGGUGCGAUGCUCCAAGUGCUCCGCUCACCUGGGGCAUGUGUUCGAUGACGGGCCAGCGCCCACACGAAAACGCUUUUGCAUUAAUUCUGCUUCUUUGGACUUCAUACCUGCUGAAGAGAGGAAAGACUAA